AUGCUCUGCCAGCCAGGCAGGCGGGGUCGCGCUGGCAGCAGCUCUGCCUGGCUCUCACUCUGCCUCCCGAGGGAAAACACUUCCUCUCACUGCAGGCUGCUGCCCUGACACACCACAGGCAGGACAGGGAGGCAGCAGAAGGGUCCCUGCCAGCCCCGCCAGCACCCGGCACCAGCUCUCACCUGCAGCAGGCAAACUAUGAGGACGAGCUCUUUGCUCCUGCAGCGUCUUCACCUUUGAUGGAAAACCUUCAGCCACCUCCCCAAGGGACCAUGGAGGAGCAGUACAUUUCCAAACUUCACCCAGUAGUGGAUUAUGGAGCUGGGGUCUUUCUUCUCAUCAUAGCCAUCCUGACAAUCCUUGGGAAUUCAGCCGUCCUUGCCACGGCUGUGAGACGCUCGUCCCUGCUGAAGCCACCGGAGCUGCUCACAGUGAACCUGGCGGUGGCAGACAUCGGCAUGGCCCUCAGCAUGUACCCCCUGGCCAUUGCCUCUGCCUGGAGCCACGCCUGGCUGGGGGGAGACACCUCCUGUGUCUACUAUGCCCUGAUGGGUUUCCUCUUUGGGGUCUGCAGCAUGAUGACCCUGUGUGCCAUGGCCGUGAUUCGAUUCCUCGUCACCAACUCAUCCAAAUCCAACAGUAACAAAAUCACCAAGAGCACUGUCUGCAUCCUGAUUGCUUUUAUCUGGCUCUACUCCUUGCUCUGGGCCAUCCUGCCCUUGGUGGGCUGGGGCUACUAUGGCCCUGAGCCCUUUGGCAUCUCCUGUACCAUAGCCUGGAGCAAAUUCCACAACUCCUCCAAUGGUUUCUCCUUCAUCCUGAGCAUGUUCCUCCUGUGCACGGUGCUGCCUGCGCUGACCAUCGUGGCCUGUUACCUGGGGAUUGCCUGGAAGGUUCAUAAAGCAUACCAAGAGAUCCAGAAUAUUGACAGGAUCCCCAACGCAGCCAGACUGGAGAAGAAGCUGACCCUGAUGGCCGUGCUCAUCUCCGUGGGAUUCCUGAGCUCCUGGACUCCCUAUGCAGCCACCAGCUUCUGGUCCAUCUUUAACUCCAGCGACUCCCUGCAGCCCGUGGUGACGCUGCUGCCCUGCCUGUUUGCCAAGUCCUCCACGGCCUACAACCCCUUCAUCUACUACGUCUUCAGCAAGACGUUCCGCUGCGAGGUGAGGAAGCUGCAGUGCUGCUGUGCCUGGAGGGUUCCCUACUUCAGCUCUGACAACUCCAUGGAGAAUGCCGUGUCCACCAUGUGGAGCGGGAGGGACAACGUCCGUCUGUCUGCGGCGCCGAGGGUGCAGAACCCGGCAGCUGCAGCUCCCUGAAGAGCAGCAGUGGGGUCAGCCUGGCCUCACCCCCAGGGAUGCAGCAAAUGAGGUUGUCACUGCCUAUCUCAUGUCAAUGCAGAAGUUUAAGUAUAUAUUUUUAAGCAGCUCUAAAAUAUUGUCUGUAAGCCUCAUACAAAAAAACAAAAUUAAAAAAAUCUAUUUUUUCCCCAAGAAAUUCCAUUUUAGGGGAAAUAGAUUUAUGUACCAAACAUAAAAUCAUGUAAAUUAAACUUAUUUUCAGGUAAAAAGAG